GAUACGUCGUACAUGUAGUACGUUGCUGCCGUAUAAACCACAUUCGGAGUGAAAUUUUAUUCACUUACCCCGUGAAACACGUGUUUUCGAACGAAUCCAGCGUAAACAACCCUAGCGAUGCCGCUCGCCAAGGACUUCCUGCACCCGUUGCCGGCCGAGGAGAAGAGGAAGCACAAGCUGAAGCGCCUCGUGCCACAUCCGAACUCGUACUUCAUGGACGUGAAGUGCCCCGGUUGCUACAAGAUCACCACCGUUUUCAGCCAUGCCCAGAGCGUGGUGGUCUGUGCCGGCUGUUCGACGAUCCUGUGCCAGCCGACCGGAGGCAAGGCGCGCCUCACCGAGGGCUGCUCAUUCCGCAGAAAGCCGUACUAGGCCCGAUUCAAAGGACCGAUGUGCGACCCGUGACAUCGGAACGAGUGCCGCGGAAGCGCACCGUCCAUGGAGAGGAUUGGGCGCCCGCCUUUGAGCAGCAGCAGCUAGCAUUUCGUGAGGUCGUGCAUCGUGUUUGAAAACUCCGACAUUCGGAAGAUGUAUUCAACCGGAAGCAGAGUUCAACCUGAAGCAAGAGGAACCGGAAAUAAAGCAAGAGUCGAUCGUCUGUACGUGUUAAAAGUGUGUGAAU